CAGCUCUCUUGCAUUUUAAAGAUUUCACGGUACAAAUUGUAUUUCCGGUUGUUUUUAAAAAAUCCGCCAUGAAAAUACCUUCAGGCCGCCUCCUCUCUCCUCCUCAGCCUGUGCAAAAACCAUGACAAAAACCCAAUUUCAUGUUAGCUCAUCCUCUCUCUUUGGACCUCAAAUUCAAUCUGUAGACCGAAAUUAGGGAAAAUGGGAUCUUUUGUCCCAUUUCAGGACCUCAACCUCUCUCCAUCUCCAUCUCAAUCUCCGGUGUCCGCCAACGACGCCUUCCUUACCCCGCCCCCUCUUUUAAUCCCUAAGAUUGAACCUAAACUUGAGCCGCUUGACAGUCUAGCUGAAACGCCUCAGCCUCAAGAUUCUCAGGAUACUUUGUUUCCCGAUUUUACCCCUAACAUAUUCUCUAAUUCCGAACAUACCCCUCAUUCCCAGUCCUCCGCUCUCUCCUCCUCCUCCGAAGAUAAUGUCUACUCUGAAUUCCACAGAGUAUCCGAGCUUUUUCGCACUGCGUUCGCCAAACGCUUACAGGAGCAGUACGGCGACGUUUCGGUGUUGGACCCAGAUUCUCGCGCGAUCGUCCCUGUUAAUGAAGAGAAUAGCCUUUCCUCCGUUGUCGUCACCCGGCCUCCUCGCCGAUACCCUAAGCGCUCUUCGGAGCUCGUCCGCGUGACUGCCCUGGGGAUCGAGGACCAGCGGUAUUUCCGGGACGUAUUUCGUCGGACCCGAAUGCUAUAUGAUGCCCUCCGCAUCUUCUCCGUCUUGGAUGAAGAGAAACGCCGUGGUGAGAGCCUCGGCCGAAGGGCCCGCGGCGAUCUCCUCGCCGCUUCCGUGAUGCGUGACCGUGGGCUUUGGCUCAACCGCGAUAAGCGGAUCGUCGGGUCCAUCCCUGGAGUUGAAGUUGGGGAUCUCUUUUUUUUCCGGAUGGAAUUAUGUGUCGUUGGACUUCAUGGCCAAGUACAAGCAGGAAUUGAUUAUCUUCCGGCAAGCCAGAGCUCUAAUGGCCAGCCCAUUGCAACAAGCAUUAUCGUUUCGGGGGGCUAUGAGGACGAUGAGGACUCUGGAGAUAUGAUAGUCUACACGGGGCAUGGUGGGCAGGAUAAGUUUUCGAGGCAAUGUAUGCACCAGAAGCUCGAAGGAGGGAAUUUAGCGUUAGAGAGGAGUAUGCAUUAUGGGAUUGAGGUAAGAGUAAUUAGAGGGUUUAAAUAUGCGGGGAGUUUUACUAAUAAGAUUUACGUUUAUGAUGGUUUGUAUAAAAUCCAUGAUUGUUGGUUUGAUGUGGGGAAAUCUGGGUUUGGUGUUUAUAAGUACAAGCUAUUGAGGAUUGAUGGGCAACCGGAAAUGGGCAGCUCCAUUUUGAGGUUUGCACAGAGUUUGAGAGUUAGUCCAUUGAGUGUGAGGCCUAGGGGGUAUCUAAGUCUUGAUAUUUCCAACAAGAAGGAAAAUAUGCCAGUUAUGUUGUUUAAUGAUAUUGAUAAGGAUCAUGAUCCUCUUUGCUAUGAGUAUCUGGUGAGGACAGUGUUUCCACCCUUUGCAUUUAAUCACGGAAGUAGUGGGACCGGAUGUGAUUGUGUUUCAGGUUGUACUGAUGGUUGUUUUUGCUCAAUGAAGAAUGGGGGAGAGUUUGCUUAUGAUCAGAAUGGUUUCUUGUUGAGAGGGAAGCCGGCAGUAUUUGAAUGUGGAGCUUUUUGUAAGUGCCCUCCAAGUUGCCGGAAUCGGGUAACUCAAAGGGGGUUGAGAAAUAGAUUGGAAGUGUUUAGGUCAAGAGAGACAGGCUGGGGAGUUAGGUCAUUGGAUUUGAUACAUGCUGGUGCAUUUAUAUGUGAAUAUGCAGGGAUUGUCCUCACGAGAGAGCAAGCUGAGGUUUUCACAAUGAAUGGUGAUAGUUUGAUUUAUCCAAGUAGAUUUUCUCAGAAAUGGGCUGAAUGGGGAGAUUUAUCUCAGAUUUAUCCUGAUUAUGUGCGUCCAUCUUAUCCAUCACUUCCACCUUUAGAUUUUGCAAUGGAUGUCUCAAGGAUGAGGAAUGUUGCUUGUUAUAUGAGCCACAGUUUAACUCCAAAUGUGCUGGUGCAAUUUGUGUUGCAUGAUCACAAUAAUUUGAUGUUCCCGCACCUUAUGCUUUUUGCAAUGGAGAAUAUUCCUCCUUUGACAGAACUUAGCCUUGAUUAUGGUGUGGCUGAUGAGUGGACUGGGAAGCUUUCCAUUUGCAUCUGACUAGGCUGGAAGAUUUGUUGGAACUUUUGUAUGUUGUGUAGCACAACAUCCUGGAGACAUGACGUUUUAAGUUAGAUCUGUUGAUGAUCCUAUUUAUUCAUAGGACAGUUAGAAGUAGCAUUCCUUACGCAACUUCGUAGCAUAGUCUGACAAGUGGUAAUGUAUAGUUUAGGUUUGGCUACGAUUUAAUUUAGGUGGGAGCUGUUCAGUGGUUUUGCCAAAGUUUUCUGACACACUAUUCUGAAAUGUCUGGUCUUCGUCAUUUUACCUUGAGAAUUGAUGCUGAAAAUAUCAAUAUGGUAUCGGCAUAUAGAUAUCUUUCUAUUUUCUAACUUUAUCUCAAAGUGCUCCAAGGUUUGCAGGGUGGUUCAGAAAUUGGUUUUCCUAGUUGUUUGGGGGUCAGUCUGGGUUCAAAGACCUGGAAAUGAAAAAUUUGAGGCUAAUGUAUGGAUGCUGCUGUUGUGAUAUCACUAACACCAAAGAAAAUGUAAUCCUUUUCACAGUUUCACCGAAUCUCUAGGAAGCCUUGCACUAACUAUAGUUUGCCAUAAGGCUUUUUGUAAGCUUGUAUGACUACGCAUGACUGUAUCAACCUUUUGUACUUAAAUGGCUUGUAUAUACGAAAUUCAAAAUUUAUGAUCUUGUACAGGAAAUCUGUCAGUACAUGCACACAUAUCAAUGCCUGUGGUUACUUUCAA